AUGCUGAAAAUCUCUCUUAUGCCCAUUGAUAUGGGUGGUUACCCAGCGUACUUUCGAGAGAAGGAUAAAUUGGUCAACUACAGCAACAGAGAGAAGCCCAUGCGUAUCAAGAACACAAAAGGAUGGGCCCAGGACUAUAUGUCUCUUAUCAGAUUCAAGCAGAUACGUAGUGCUUUUCAUCCAGAGUGCAAGUCAAUGGCCGGAGAAGGAGGCGACAAGUGUUACCAGCUCAGACGGUGCAUCAACGCUGUGAACCUUUCCUCUAAGUCGACUUUCGAUGCAGGAUGUUGGUGUUCAUUUGACGAAGGAGGAGUGGCCUGUCGCUCUCGAUUUUGUCCAUGCCGACAGUACAACAAAGACAAACCUGACAAGUUUCGAGUGGAUUUCUUUAUCCUGGCUUGUUCAAGGACUUAUGCCGUCCUGCACAUUGACGUCUACCAAGGAAGGAAUGCAGCAAACAUCAACAUCGAUCCUUCCAUCCAUGACCUUCCUACAACACAGAAAGCAACCAUGAAUGCGGUCAUGGCAGCUUUCGGUACUGAAACACGGGGAGCAAGACACCUGGCACUGGACAAUCGAUACCAGUGUCCCGAAUUAGCUGUUCUUUUACUGACGAAGUGCAAUAUCUACUCGACCGGUACCUGUCGUAGAAGAAGAGUAGGAUGGGACAAAGUCAUCAUGGAUCUAGAGAAGAGCGAUGGUCGGGGAACUUACAAGAUCUCUGCGGACAAACAGAACCGAUUACUGGAGAUGCAGUGGGUUGAUAAUAAAGUAGUGUCGAUGGUCACAAGCAGAAACGAUACCACCAUCGGCAAAGUCAAGCGCCAAAUAGGAUCCAUCAAGAAAACACUGGAUUGCCCAAAAGCGAUCAUGGGCUACCAAGCGACCAUGUUUGGCAUCGAUAAGGGCGAUCAAAUAAGAGAUCACUUUGGUGGAUUUUCCACAAAAGCUCAUUUCAAGAAGUGGUAUAAAAAGAUCUUCCUCGCACUCUUGGACUGCAUGCUAUUGAAUGCACUUGUGGCUUGGAACUUGUCAGUGGACGAAGACCGAUUGAAGAUACGGAACAGAUUGCUGCGACACGAGUUCAUGAUGACAGUGGCAGAGUCUUUGUUGGAGUAUGACGAACCAGAUGACAUUCCCGAAAAGGAAUCCGGGGUGUCCAAAAAGGAUCCGAUGGCGGACCACCGCCAAUUGGAGGUUCCCAAGGGAACGGGAAGGCCAAAGUGUAUUGUUUGUAGAUUGGAGUGCGGCAAUUUCUUUGGCAACUUGAUUAGCGAGGCUGGCAUAAAGCGCAAUGUCAGUGUCUGCUCUAUCUGUAAGGUGCCGGCUCACAACUGUGUACCUGCCGAUUCUCCAAGAAAAAUCCACCGUUUGCCCCAGUUCAAGGGUAAGACUUGCUUCGAGAUCGCGCACACUCCUGAUGGUCUCAGCAUGUGGCCUAUCAGAAAUGAUCUUGACCACAAACAAGACCAAGAUCCCACUCCCGAACAUGCAGGGUUUGGCAACUUGUUCGAGAGAUGCAUGGGCUACCCAUGA